AACAUUUCAAAAGUGGUGAAAAAGGCAAAAGGAAAAGUGAGUGAACAUAACUCGCAUCUGUCCAUCAAAUCAGCCAAAAAAGAUUACCAGGAACUAAGUUGCAACCUUCACUUCUUGUCUCGUCUCUGUUUCAAUCUCUUUCCCAACGCUUUAUAUCGGGACUUUCAGUUCCCUCUUCCAUAAUUCUUCACACCUGUUUCUCUCUCUUCCAUUUUCUUCUCAUUCCCUCAUUAACCCCCCAAUUCAUUUGGAAUUUUGUAACACUUCACGUUCUUCUAGGCUUGAUUCUUAAUUUGCAACUAAACAAGCCAACGUGAGACUACAUAGAUUCCUGUAUGACAUUUCUUAUUGGUCAUUUUAACAAAGGUCUUUCUUUUAUUGUUUAAUAAUUAUUGCUUUGUUAUUCAAUAAGAUUCAUGGUGUGCUGUGAGUGAUGGUGGAAGAGAAUUAACAAUUUAAACCCAGUAACAAGUUGUGGAGAAAGUUUGCAUUUUGACAAGUUAGUGAAUGUGGGAAUGGAAGCUCGGAUGAGGAAGUACCGGCAAGUGAGUCCAGAGAGGGCAAAAGUGUGGACGGAAAAGUCCCCAAAGUACCAUCAGAACCGGAAGGUGCCGGUGCUUUACUAUCUUUGCCGGAACAGGCAGCUAGAGCACCCUCAUUUCAUGGAGGUUCCACUUUCAUCCCCUGAUGGGUUGUAUUUGAGAGAUGUGAUUGAUAGACUAAACGCUUUGAGAGGUAGAGGCAUGACUUCUUUGUAUUCAUGGUCGUGUAAGAGAAGCUACAAGAACGGAUUUGUGUGGCAUGAUCUCUGUGAAGAUGAUCUAAUUCUACCUGCUCAUGGGAGUGAGUAUGUUCUCAAAGGCUCUGAGCUAUUUUACGAAUCAAAUUCAGAACGUUUUGGCCCCAUUAGCAAUGGGAAAAUACAGAGCCUGAAGCAGUUACCGGAGCCGGUUACUUGUAGGAGCCAUGAUGAGGCUUCCACUUCUUCUAGCAUGACUGAGAAAGAGACAAGAAACUCCCAAGAAGAUGAUGACCUUUCCCCAAGACAACAAACCGGUUCAUCUGAUGUGUCUCCACAGUCUAGAGCUGGAAAGAGUGAUUCUCUUAGCUUACCGUUGACAGAAUACCAAAUCUACAAGAAUGAUGGAUUGGCAGAUGCUUCAACUCAGACAGAAGAAAAUGUUAACAAACCCGAAACCCAGAAAACUUGUACCAGGGGUGUAUCGACUGAGGAUGAUGGGUCAUUAGAACCUGAAUGCCAUGAAAUAGGUGAAACUCAAGUGCCGCAAGUGAAAUAUAAUUCUGAAAUCUGUAGGGAUACUGUUUCUCCUCCUCCCUCAACUCCAUCCUCUUCUGGAGGGAAAACUGAGACUUUGGAGUCCCUGAUAAGAGCUGAUGUGAGUAAAAUGAACAGCUUUAGGAUUCUGGAAGAGGAACGCAUUCGAAUGCAAACCAAUGCAAGGCUGAAAGCAUCAAAUCUAUUGAUGCAAUUGAUCUCGUGCGGGUCCAUAUCAGUGAAAAACCAUAGUGUUGGCCUUAUUCCUUCCUAUAAGGAUAGGCUUUCCCACUCGAAAUUCCCCUCCCCGUUGUUCUCAACUUCUGUUACGUUUGGAGACUUUGAUUGCGUAGCGGAGAAAGCAAAGGUGAUGGGCCUCAAAUUGGAAGACAAAGAAUAUUAUAGUGGGAGCGUAGUUGAGUCUAAAGUACUGAAGGAAGGAGAUGGACAUGGUGUUCUGAAACGCUCUUCUUCUUGUAAUGCUGAGAGGACAUCUGAAGAGUUGAAAUCACAAGACACAGAGGGGUCAUCAUCCUUAGGAAAUUCAAAAUAUGCUCCACAGUCAGUUAAGGCUUCAUCAACCAAGCAGCAACCAAGUGAAUGCAUGAGAUCUCCUGUUUCUGAUGGAUCAAGAAAUUCCACGGAUAAAACUUAUGGUUUAGGCAUAUCCCCAGUACCAUCUAUCGGUAGCAGCAAAAGAAUCACUGAACUUUCAGCAGGAUCAGGGAGAAAGCAAUCUAAGAGGGUAGACUCAUUUAGAGAAGAGGAGAGGGUGAUCAAAAUUGAAGAAAGCUUGCUUCAGGAGCUCGGGUUAUAAUCCAAUCUAAACCAUGUUGAGACACAGCAAGUAACAAUGUUUUUGUUUCAGAGGUUAGGCAGCUCGCAAAAACUGCUAGUUUUCAUCUUUUGUUUGAAUGCAACAUGAUGAUCGUAUAUAUCUAUCAUGUAGGUACACGUGAUAUAUCCGUAAAUCUAAAAAGUGAAAAUGUUGUGCCAGAAUUAUAAUUUUUUUUGGUGAAUAUGUUGUGCCAGCAUGGGGGGGCUAAUAGUGCAUGUGGUCCCAAUGGUCCAUUAUUCAUCCUGUAAAUUUCAUGUGUUGAUUAUAACCUUAUAGGGACUGCCACCUGAAAUGAAGUGAGUGCACAUUUUUUUUGUAACUACACAUACUAUGUAUUCUUUUGCCCCCAGCUUUUGUUUGCUUAAAGUUAGUGCAUAGUACUUUGCUUGCA